AUGGUGGGAAAAGUAGCGGUCUCCGUUGUAUCCUUGAUUCUUGUCGUUGGCGUUGUCAUCGGUGUGGUGGCAGUUGUGCACCGCAAUGACUCUUCCGACAAUGAUCAACAUGAUAUGUCAUCCUCAAUGAAGGCCGUUACAACCAUUUGUGCUCCAACAUCAUACAAGGAUGCCUGUGUUAGGAGUCUUGAAUCCAUUGCAAAUAAUCGAACUGCCACCCCGAAGGACUACGUCAUGGCCGCAAUUCAGGCCACUCUUGACGAGGUGAAGAAAUCAUAUGAGGUCACCGGCAAGACUAUUGUUAACAAGGAUGAUGAUCCUUACAAUCACAUGGCAGUCGAAGACUGUAAGGACUUGUUAGAUGAUGCUAUCGAUACACUUCAGGCAUCGUAUUCGUCAGUAGGUGACAGCGAUAUGCAUACUCUCCAAGAUCGUGCAAAUGAACUUCGGAGUUGGAUGACUGCUGUUUAUGCCCUUCAGUCGUCAUGCUUGGAUCAAAUUGAGAAGCCUGAGUACAAAUCUGCCAUUGAGAAUGGCAUGGUAAAUGCUACUCAACUAACCCACAAUGCCAUAAACAUAAUUGCUGAGCUUUCUGAAGUCCUAAAGGCGUUCAAUGUGCCAGCGAACCUGCAGCCUAACCGUCGUCUCUUGGAAACGGGAGAGAUUGGCGAAGAUGGCUACCCAACUUGGUUCGGGGCUGCAGACCGUAAGCUGCUGGAAGCACACAAGAGAGGCCAUCAUGUCAAACCUAAUGCAGUUGUCGCCAAGGAUGGUAGUGGCCAAUUCAAGACAGUUGCAUCUGCUAUUGCAGCAUACCCCAAAAACUUCAAAGGCAGAUACACCAUCUAUGUAAAAGCCGGUAUCUAUACAGAGUUCAUCACCAUUGACAAGAAGAAGCCCAAUGUUUUCAUUUAUGGUGAUGGACCAGGGAAAACCAUUAUCACAGGCAAGAGAAACUAUGGAAUCAUGAAGAUUGGCACAAUGAAUACUGCAACAUUCUCUGCCGUUGGACAAGGAUUCAUUGCUAGGGGAUUGACAUUCCGCAACGACGCUGGUCCAGAUGGCCACCAAGCUGUGGCUCUUCGUGUCCAAUCUGAUAUGUCAGCUAUCUUCGACUGCAGCAUUGAGGGCUAUCAAGAUACAUUGUACUAUCACGCAUUCCGUCAGUUUUACAGGAACUGUGUCAUUUCUGGUACAGUGGACUUCAUCUUCGGCAUGGGAGAUGCAGUUAUUCAAAACAGCUUGAUCAUAGUGAGGAAGCCAAAUGCCAAUCAACAAAACACCAUUACUGCAGAUGGAAGAGAAGUCGCUAGGGGUAGCAAUGGGUUGGUCCUCCAGAACUGCAGGAUUGUUCCAGAAAAGGCACUCUUCCCAUCGAGAUUUAAAUUUCCCACCUACCUUGGCCGCCCAUGGAAGGCAAAUGCUCUUACCGUUGUCAUGCAAAGUGAGUUGGGUGAUUUAAUUCGGCCAGAGGGCUGGAUGAAAUGGGCCGGUGAGAACUUCCACCAAACUUGCGAGUUUUAUGAGUUUGCAAACCGUGGCCCUGGAUCCAUCACCAAUAGAAGAAGUAAAGAAUUCAAACGUUUCAAAGUUCUCAAUGCACGCGAUGCAACAAAAUACACUCCUGGCCAAUUCCUUUCUGGUUUCCAAUGGUUGAAGUACACACGUGUACCUUUCCAACUUGGGCUGUGA